UUUUCAUCUGAAUGUUUGGUGGAUUGAAGAUAAUUUUUGUUGCAUCCCCGCGUCCCUGUUUUUAUAUAUUACCCAACGCGAAUUUGAAAUAAAUUCAGUGAAAUUUAUUGCAAUGCCAUUAUAAUUUGUUAUUAUUUCCAUCAGAUACCGAGUCUUAGUUAGUUUUAUGGUAUUAUUGACUGAUGUUCAAUGAACUGCUUCAAACAGUGCUUUUGAUGAACAGGUAUUAAAAUGUCGGAAAUAGUUUAUCCACCAGGUUGUAGACCUAUAACUGAUGAUUUGGGGUCAGAUGAACUCAUUCGUCGUCUUAAGACGUUAGCUCAUACCCUUCAGGCAAUGGGACAAGAUGAAGGAGCAUACCAGCAGUAUAUUCCUUUAGCCCUACAUUUAGCUCAGGAUUAUUUUCUAUCCCAUCCAUCACGUGAUGUUCAACUUCUCAUAGCGUGUUGUAUAGCAGAUGUUUUGAGAGUAUAUGCACCAGAAGCACCUUACAAAGACCAAGAACAAGUUAAAACAAUAUUCUUAUUUCUCAUUACACAAUUAUCGGGUUUGAAAGAUCCAAAAGAUGCUGCCUUCAAGAGAUAUUUUUAUUUGUUAGAGAACUUAGCUUAUGUUAAGUCAUUCAACAUGUGCUUUGAACUUGAAGAUUGCCAGGAAAUUUUUUGUGCCCUGUUUCUGCUGAUGUUCAAGAUAGUGAAUGAUGAACAUUCUGGGAGAGUUAAAAGUUUUAUGCUUGAUGUCCUCUGUCCAUUAAUAACUGAAAGUGAUAUUGUUAGCAAUGAUUUAUUGGAUAUAAUUCUGAUGAAUAUUGUAGAGCCAAGUAAGACUCAGAGAAAAAAUGCAUACUUGCUGGCGAAGGAAUUGAUAAUCAAAACCUCUGAUACUUUAGAACCAUAUAUUCAAGCCUUUUUCAAUCAUGUACUUAUACUAGGAAAAGAAGAUAAGAAUUUGAAGAUUUGUGAGAAAGUAUACGACCUUAUUUAUGAAUUGAAUCAUAUUUGUCCACAAAUACUAGUAUCUGUUCUGCCCCAGCUUGAAUGUAAACUUCGGUCUCCUUUAGAAGAAGAGAGAUUGGGCGCUGUGGCAUUACUUGCUCGUAUGUUUAGUGAAAAAGAUUCAGAAGUAGCCAAAAGGUUUGGAGGAUUGUGGAGAGCUUUCUUAGGAAGGUUCAAUGAUAUAUCUCUUGCGAUUCGCAUAAAAUGUGUUCAGUAUUCAAUGCACUUUUUAGUGAAUCAUCCUGAACUAAGAAAGGAUAUAACUGACACUCUCAAAUUGAGACAGCAUGAUUCAGAAGAAAAUGUACGUUAUGAAGUAGUCAUGGCUAUUGUUACAACAGCCAAAAAAGACUUUCAAGUAGUAUCUGAUUCAGAAGAUUUACUAGAAUUUGUGAAAGAAAGAACUUUAGAUAAAAAGUUCAAGAUACGUAAGGAAGCUAUGUCAGGACUAGCGUUAAUAUAUAGAAAGCACUUGAGUGACCCUGAUGUACCCAAUGCAACAAAAAAAGCAGUUACUUGGAUUAAAGAUAAAAUAUUGCAUGGUUAUUAUAUGUCUGGAAUGGAAGACCGGUUGUUAGUGGAAAGGCUUUUGAAUACUUGUUUGGUACCUUAUCAACUACCAGCCGCAGAAAGAAUGAAGAAACUAUACCAUCUUCUCGGAACGGUAGAUGAUCAUGCUAUCAAAGCAUUUAUGGAAUUACAGAAAAAUCAAUUAUGUGUUAGAAAAUUAGUUUUGGAGUGGCUAGAAAUUCAUCGUAGACAGAAUUCAAUUGACGUAUCCAAAGAAAUGAGCCUCAAGGUACAAGCUUUGUCAAGGUGCCUUCCGGAACCAGUAAAAGCUCAUGAGUUUCUGACAAAGUUCAGUGCUCAUAUGAAAAGAGACAACAAUCUACUGGAGCUGAUGGAAAUUGUUGCCAGACCAACUGUCAGUUGUAGUCAGUGUUCAGAAGCAACAGCUGCGGUACUGAAAAAAUUAGGUCAACCUGUCAUGGUCAAUCUUUAUUAUAACACAGUUAAAAUGUUGCUGGAAAGAAUCAGUUCUGUAAUGAUCGAUCAUGAGGCGGUCAAACUUUUAGUUGGAUAUGUAGAGGACUGUUUGAAAGGAGGAAACACGAUAGAAGAAAUUGGUUUACACCCAGCUACCGCGGGUGAUAGAGGACUGAAAUUGUUGGUGAUGCUUUCAGUGGUGUUUCCCUCUCAUUUCCAUUAUUCUGACGUAUUGGAACAUCUCCUAGAGUUAUUGAAGAUCGAUGAUGAUUACAUAGCCCCAUUGGUGUUAUCAGUGUUCACGUUUUUAGGAAAAUAUAAAUGCUUGUAUGAAGUCUUUCCACAAAUUAUGGAUCAGCUGGCGCCCAUAUGUAAAGAAUACGCAAUUACUGGAACUCCAAAACAAGCCAAAGGGGCAAUACAUUGCAUAUAUAAAAACAUGCCAAGUCUGCAUGAUACUCUGUUCCCCAGUAUAUUGGAGACUAUAAAAAAUAAUUUAAAUGCUGAGUCGCCCCAUUACAGAACUGCUAUUGUAACUCUCGGUCAUAUAGCUUUCAAUGUUCCUGAAAGAUACAAAGUACAAAUCAAAAAUAUCGUAUCUAGAAAGAUAGUGAAGGAACUCCUAGUGAAAGAAGUGAGUAUCGAAUCAGACUCACACAUAUCCGAAUCCUGGUGUACGGAGGAUGAACUACCCGAAGACACAAGGUGCAAAAUAGAAGGUCUCAAAGCUAUGGCUAGGUGGCUUUUGGGCCUGAAACAGGAUAUAGCUUCCGCUCAGAAAACUUUCAGAAUGUUGAACGCGUUCAUUUUGCACAAAGGUGAUCUCUUACAGUCUGGUAAGAUCUCCAAGGCAGAAAUGUCCUGGUUGAGACUUGCUGCCGGUUGUGCGAUGCUGAAAGUGUGCGAACAAAAAGGAGUCGGCGAUCAAUAUACUGCAGAGCAGUUUUAUAAUUUAUCAGUCCUUAUGUGCGAUGAAGUUAAACAGGUACGCGAAAUUUUUGCCGGUAAGCUCCACAAGGGUUUGAGUAAAGGCCUGCCAAGCAAGUGUCUGCCAUUGGACUUCAUGGGCUACUACGCGUUAGCGGGAAAGGAAACAGAAUCCCGCUUGAGAAGUACAAUCAGAGGAUACAUGACUACAGAUAUAAACAAAAGGCGGGAUUAUGUUAAAACACUUACAAUGGGUACAGCUCAGACUGAUAAGGCUCUCAACCAACUUCCCCAUAUUUUACCAGAUUAUAUGCUAGUAUUUGCAGUACCAAUAUUGGCCCACGAUCCAUCAUUCACAAAAUGGGACGAAGUAGAAGAACUAAAAGUUGCUAAGCAAUGUCUUUGGUUCAUCUUGGAACCUCUUGUUACUAAAAGCGAUUAUUUCAGUUAUGGAUUUUAUAAAACUUUAAUUGAGAGAAUGAAAAAUCAUAAGGAUGCUAUUCGGCCUGAAGAUGAUUCUAUGAAUUAUAAAAUUUGGGCACUUUGUGAUCUUGCAAUGGGAUUGCUGGUUUCAAAAACUACAAAUUACGAUCUCAAGGAUUUCCCAUCUGACACCAGAAUACCAAUCAUGUAUUUCUCACCUCAACCAGACUUUUCGAAUACCAGAGUCUUUCUACCACCUGAACUACAGUACCAACCAAAUGUUAAAGCAACAAUAAAUGUAUCCAUGUUGAAUAACGACAGAAAUAAGAGGCCAAAAAAUAAACUUAAACUGGAGGGAUGUGGUCCUUUGGGCAAUGAUGUUCAACCUUCUGAAGCUUCUGAAACAAAAAUUCAACUUCCUGGCUUAGGGGACGAAGAGGAAACAGACGAUGAGCCACCGGCUAAACGGCCCAGAGAAAGAAUAAAAGUUGUAUCCAAUGAAUAAAUUGAAGAAUAUUGUAAAUAGUGCGUGAAAUUUUAAAUUCAGACGGAAAAGACAAAUAAAACUAAUAAAAGUUGGAUAACCACGGUCAUUGAUUUUUUUUCAACCUGGUGGAAAAGUGAGUAUCAUGACAAAAAUUGUUCCUAAUUCCGGAUGAAAAAUGUUGGUCGCGUAAAAAAACGCUUUUUGGAAUAUUCAAUUAGUUUUGAAAUUGCUUAUUGAAAGAUUUUAAUCACUUUGUUAUUUUAUCCUGAUGAUGCGUUUCCACAGGUCACAUUUCCCUUUAUGCAGCAAUACUUGGGUUUUGCUUCGUCAGUAAAUUUUAGAUGAGAGUAUAAUUAUUUUAUUGUUGAAUUAUAAUGACUUUGCAUAAAACGCAAGUUAUUCACAAAAAAGGAGUCGACAUAAUCAUCCUAGCAAAAGUCCCUUUGUUUGGUUCCCACAAAAGCUAUAUGUCCUGUGGGAACGCGUUUGAGUGGUAGACUUUCAACACAUGUUGAGAAAUUUAGUUUCAUCCAAGUGUUUGGUGGAGAAAGGAUAUUAUUUUUAUACAAUAUAAAUACUUUCAGUAUGUUGGAGUACAUGAGAUUUUUCCUUGUAAAUUUUUAUUUAUUGAAUUAAAGUUUAAACACUUA